AUGACUGACCCUCGCCCUUACCAUAUUCUGAGCUACGGCACCCUUCUGGGAUCGCAGGUCUUCCAGUCCUUCGUGGGCGGUAUUGUCGCAUUCCGCGCUCUGCCGCGGCCGCAGUUUGCUACCUUGCAAACUGCCAUCUUCCCAGUCUACUUCUCGAUGCAGACUGCCCUGCCGGUAGUUGUCGCCCUGACUGCUAGCAGGGGUGGGCAAGCCCUCGGCCUCUCGGGCCUGAUCGCCCCCGAGAACCGCUAUAACACCCUGCUACCCAUGGCCACCGUCGCAAUCACAGGGCUGAUCAACCUGUUCGUCCUACGUCCGUUGACGGUGAAGACUAUGCGCGAGCGCAAGCAUCAAGAAACCCGGGAUGGGAAGAAGAGCUAUGAUGCCCCACCUCACUCCAAGGAGAUGGUCGCCCUGAACAAGAAGUUUGGCCGCAUCCAUGGCCUCUCUAGCUUGGUCAACUUGGUUAGCUUGAUCGCGACCGUCUGGUACGGUGCUGUCAUGAGUAAGAAGCUGGAGUAA